CGCACACAUACGCAUGGCGGUUUCUCCUUCGUUGGUCGAACAUUUCAGUAAGCCAUCGUCACUUGUGCACAUGCUGUUCUAUCGCGAAAGUGCCUUGGACGUGCUGUUGCUUCUCGAACAGUACCAAUUCGAUGUGUAUGCUGUGAAGCGCUGUCUCACGGAGAUCGCCCGGCAUUUGCGUGACACGCCCACCUCCGUCAAGGAUCUCCAUGUCCACAACUUCGUCCCGCGGUUAUGUUCAUGUUUGCAGCCUUACACGACCAAUUUCACCAUCAUCUCGUGUCUGUGUCUGUUGUUGCGGCGCCUCUUCAGUCUUGGAGGAACGCACCAUAGCAGCGUGGUCACAUCUGGUCUGUGGAAGGUCGUUGUGGACGCCAUGAAGCACGACAGUGGCAACGUCAACCUCUUCGAGAUGGGGUGUGCGCUGACGUCGGCGCUGUGCCUAGAACGAAGUGGUGUCGCCCACGGUACCAUCCUCUCGGCCGCUUCUUAUGCGUUCAGUCGUGUUGUAGAAGCCAACCAGAUCGAAAUGGUACAAAGCGGCGUGUUGGACAUGCUCUGCGUUGCCAUGCAAACAAACAACCAGCUGUCCUCCGUAUACAUUGGGGCAGCUCAAACUGUAGCCAACCUCGUGUACAAGAAUGCUGGGACGGCCGACCGCGCCCUCAAGUCGGACCUUCCCCAGCUCUUCUCCAUGGGCCUGCACUCAUUUUUCAAGGAUGCGGCGGUCGUCACCGCCCUAGCUCAAGUGCUCUUUCAACUCCACGUGGCAUCCCCACCCAAAGCCCAACACAGCUACUUGACGUGGGGGUGUGUGGAUCGUGUGCGGGCGUGCUUGGCGGCACAUGUGGCCGAUGUCGACACCGAGUACCACCUGCUACGAACGUUGGAAGUCACUCUGCGUGAUAACGAACCUGCCAAGGACGUGUUUUGUGCCAAGGAAAUGCCAUUCCAUUUGGUCACGAUAUUUGAAGAUGUCAUUACCGCGGUAUCUCAACGGCGAAGUGGCGGCGGCGGUGCGUCGUCGGCAGCGUUCCUGUCGUUCGUGUCGGCUGUGAUCUUUAGCCAUGUAGCCAUCAUGACUAAUGUCACAACCUCGUCCACAUGUACGCGGGGGACCUCUUCCGCCUGAAUCAAGUACAAUGUGAAUGUAACGUUAGGCGGCAUUGUCACUCAUCCUGCUCGAGUUCAAAUGCUCAUGAAAGCGAGUGUCCACACGUUUGCAGUGUCGUCGCUGACGCAGUUCCCGAAAGUCAUCCCAGUUUUAGAGCAAUGCGUUCGCGUGCUCGAGCUCUUGGCGAUGCCUGGCAUGUACAAGCCUAUUUUGAUUCGAGCUGGGGCGUUGAGACAGAUCAAGUACAUUGCGUCGACGAAAUCGCAUCCUGGGCUGCUAAUGCUAUGCGAACGUACGGUGGCCGCGUUACUGUAGCCAGCUAGGGUGGAUUGAAGCUAACUAAUACAGCAGGAUGGGCGUGA